UCGGGUUGUGAACGCGCGCGGGGCGCUGUGGCUCUUCCUGGCUCGUGCGGGGCCGUUGGAGCCUCUCCCGGAGCCGGAGAAGAGUUUGUGUCUCCCGGCUCUGGGCAUGCGCAGAUGGAGGGGGGAAGAGUGCCGCAUGCUGCUGCUUCCUGGCGCUGCGGGGCCGGGCGGAGCAGGAGGGUCUGUGCCGGGGAGACCCAUUAACCCCCCCGUGCCCGGCCCGCGCCCUGCUCCCGCUGGGGCCGCCCCGGGCUCUGCCUGCCCCGCUGCGGCGCUGCAGCCUCCAGGCUACAGAAUAACGUCCACGUUUCGCUCCAGAUCAUCCCGUCCUCCCAGAGGGAAGGAAAUAGCUGCAAUGGAGCUGGCUCAGGGGCCGGUGACUUUUGAGGAGGUGGCUGUGUAUUUCACCAGUGGAGAGGGGGCUCUGCUGGACCCCACUCAGAGAGACCUCUACAGGGAUGUCAUGCAGGAGAACUAUGAGACGGUGGUCUUUCUGGGGUUUCCAGUUUCCAAACCUGAUGUGAUCUCGCAGCUGGAACGAGGGGAAGAGCCGUGGGUUCCAGACCUCCAGGGCUCUGAGAAAAAAGUGCUCCCGAGAGCUGCCUGCACAGGUGUUGGGAUGGUGAGUGAGAAUGAGGAGAAUCCCCAGCAGGAAGAUGCUGAGCAAGUAGAACCACAUGGGACGUUAUCAGGAAGAUCCAAAGGGAAUGUUUCCGGGAGUUGUGCACUCCCAGAAAAAGCAAAAGCCUGUAAGACUCAGCAGAGGCCAGAGGAAAACUUCAGUAGCCACUCAGACCUUAUUACACGUGAGAGAAUCAACUUGAAAAAGACACGCUACACAUGCCAUGAGUGUGGGAAAAGCUUCAUUGGUAGUUCAGCCCUCAUCUUACAUCAGCGAAUCCACACAGGAGAGAUGCCCUACAUAUGCUCUGAGUGCGGGAAAAGCUUCAAUCAGAGCUCUGCCCUGAUCACACAUCAGAUUAUCCACACGGAUGAGAAACCUUAUGGAUGUCCUGAGUGUGGGAAACGCUUCAAUUGGAGCUCACACCUUAUCAGUCAUAGGAGAAUCCACACGGGUGAGAAACCUUAUGGAUGCUUUGAGUGUGGGAAACGCUUCAAUGCUAGUUCAGCCCUCAUCUCACAUCAGCGAAUCCACACGGGGGAGACGCCCUACACAUGCUCUGAGUGUGGGAAAAGCUUCAAUCAGAGCUCUGCCCUGAUCACACAUCAGAGAAUCCACACAGGAGAGAUGCCCUACACAUGCUCUGAGUGCGGGAAAAGCUUCAAACAGAGCUCUACCCUUAGCAGACAUCACAGAAUCCACACAGGAGAGAGACCCUACACAUGCUCUGAGUGCGGGAAAAGCUUCAGUUAUAGCUCAGUCCUUACUCGACAUCAGAAAAUCCACAUGGGAGAGAACUGUAAGAUGUGCCUUGACUAGGGCUGGCCAAAAAUUUUUUUUUUUUUUUUUUUUAAAUCACAUUUGCUAAUUCCCACAUAGUGAUCUCUGCACCAUUUUCACCGUGGUCUCUCAGCUCCCCCAGAUGAGUUGCCUGCUUCUGCCUUUUGCAGCUCACCUUCUUUGGGGUCCGUCCUGUGAUCUUUUCUAUCAACUCCUUUCCUUUUGAGUCAUAGGAGUGUGUGUCCCUCCAGCCAGGAAUGUUCAUCCGCUCCAGGUGGGAGGGAGAGGUUUGAUCCCAACAAGCUACACUGAGGCAAAAACUACCUGUGCUUUACAUCCACUAGGACUGUACAUGGCGUUGGCUGCUCAAGUUAGUGAUCUUGGUGUAAAAAGACAAUUAUAGUUGUAGUGCAGAUGCAGCCCAGGUGCAGUGGUUGGCAUUAGCUUUCCCCUUGACCUGACCUAAACUCCAUGACUUUUCCUAGUCUAAACAAACCCUGAGCAUCAAGGUUAUACUGUCCCCCCAUUUCAAAGCAAUUGUUAGUCAUCAAGUUUCCCCUUGGGGAACAAAUUGUUUCAUUCCCAGUUGUUCUCAUGUUGCUUCAGGUUGUGCUGGAGAGCAGAUAUUUUUACUACCGUUCUCCUCACUUAAAAUAUAUUGGACUAUAACAAAGAGCAGGAAGAGGGCAGAGGGAUUCAAUUGGUUAGGUCAAUAUUUUUUCUAAAGGGUGGGGAAGAGUAUUCCCUAGUAAAUGACUUGUAACUAAGCAAAAUACCCAUGCAUUUGGCCCCCAAAGCAGUUGUGGCCAAGGCCCUGCAGGAGGUCGCUCCUGAAGAUAUCUCCUUUCUAAUCAGGUGCAUUUUGUCUUUUAUUUGGGAAAUGCUAUCCCUUUCUAGGUAGAGAUGGGAAAAAUGGAAGUGACAUUUCUGUUCAGCUCACCCCUUGGGAGAUGCUGCAAAUGUGUAGAAAAUGAAAUCUGUGUUGAAUGUGAUAAUAAGUAUCUUUCUGCAACUAUUUCAAUAGAUACCUGACAUUUGUUGUCUUACAGGGAUUCUAAGCAGUACCUGAAUUUAGUCCUUAAUUUAAAUCUGUGCCACCAGAUUCACGAAAUAAAAGGGCAUAUUUGGGGGAGUUAUACCUCAUUAUUGCUACUGAUACGUUGUAUGGUUGGUGAAGAAUUCUACGCCAGAGAAGUGUAAAAUAACUCCAAGUAAGGUCAAAGAUUUUACAAGAACUCAAGUAGAAAUUGCUGGUACGAAUGGUUGAUUUUCACCCAAAAAAUGAACGCUAUGCUGACCUGUAGCCCAGGUAAACUAUUUUUAGAACAUUGCUCCCUAGUUAAGUGGCAUUUAUAACACUGCUAAAGGAUGCCAUGGUUAAAUUGGGAACAACUGUCUUUUACCAUUUGGAUCCAAAGUUUCAUGAAGCACAGAGAGAAACAGCUGAUUCCUUCAGAGCCGUUCCGCCUAUGGGUCCCAAUCUGGCUGCCUUUUUGGACAAGAAGCACUUCCAUGCUGGGCAAAUGAUGGUAGCCAAUGAGGGAAUGUAUCAGAUUCCAAGUUCAGAAUGCAGGAUACAUGAAUGCUGAGUCUAGAGUCUGUGGUUUGGACUCUUAGGUUUGCUCUUGAGUCUAAUACAUUGGUAUCACUUCUCUGCCUUCUACUACUAUGAAAGAUUAGAAAGUGUGAAAAUAGAGCAUAGGUGGUUUUUCUCAUGAUGCAAUCUUCCCACGUAGUGUGAGACCCCUUCCACCCACAGUUAUAGGAGAAGACGCAGGGAGAAAUGAACUCAAAGAAAUGGAAGGCUCCUAGGUUAUUGUAGAAUGUGACUUCACACAAAGCUCACUGGGUGGAAAUGGGAAUUAAGAGAAAACUGCCCUAUCGGUUUAUAUUUUGUAAUCUUUGAAUAGGUUGUUACCAGUGACAAUGAAAUUAAACAUGAAGUUAAUUAGUGUAACGUGUAGUAAGAGGAGGCCCUGAGAUAUAAACCUUGGUAUCAGAGGCCUGGUAUGAGGCCUGAACUAAGGUAAUGGUCAAGACUUUGCUAACAUAAAGCAAAGUUAAGCUGUGAGCCAGAAGCAGGCCCUGCUUACAGAAGCUGGCAAGGAAAGGGCUGAUGCUGCAAAAAGAGACAUACCUAAAAGGUACGGGACACCAGAUAUCAGAACAUAUACUAUACUGGAACAUUCCACAGAUAACAAGGAACAGGCCGACCCAUCCCAAUGACAGGGGCAAAAGGGUAAAAUGAUGGAUAGAGUUGUUUUGAUCGAACCAACAUGUACAAGGUGAGAGGCGGCACCUUACUACAUAGAGGGGUUGUACCUUGCUGCGUAGAGGGGUUGCACCUCAAUACGUCAGGAGUGAUGUGUAACUUGUUUGUACCUGUGUAUAAAAAUGUAUCCCUGGGGUGGUGUCUUUGUCCGGCCAUGGGGGCAGUGGAAAGUCCCGCCACUGAGCCGGGUCCUUGCCAAGAGGCACUUUUCUCGUAGUAUGCCCUGAAUUAGGCUCAGAAACCUACAGGGAACUGCAAUUGUGUCUGAGAUCGCAAUAAACCUGGCCGAGGUGCCUUUGUACCUUA